CCCGAGUCCCAGCAGCAAGACGGCAACCACGCACCCAACUUCUCCAGCCACAGCACAUGCCGCCGUCGCCAGCGGCGCCGACAUGACAAGGCGCUGCAUGCCCGCUAGGCCAGGUUUCCCCUCAUCCCCAGCCCCGGGGUCGUCGCCCCCGCGCUGCCAUCUGAGACCCGGUAGUACCGCCCCUGCUGCAGCGGGAAAGAGAACAGAGAGUCCUGGGGACAGGAAGCAGUCAAUUAUAGAUUUCUUCAAACCAGCUUCAAAACAAGAUAGACAUAUGUUGGAUUCUCCACAAAAAUCGAACAUCAAAUAUGGAGAAAGUGGAUUGUCCAUCAGUGGGACAGAGCAGUUUGAAAGGAAACUAUCCUCACCAAAAAGAUCUAAACCCAAAAGGGUGCCAUCAGAAAAGAGCCCCGUCUUAGAGGCAUUCAUGAAAGGUGUUAAAGAGCACCAUAGAGAUCAUGGUGUACAUGAGUCACAUCAGCCUUGUGUGUCACUGGCCACCAAAUGUCCAAAGGCAGUUACAAAAUACGUUCCUCCUUCAUAUCUCUUGUCAAAAGAGACGAAAAAGAAACAUCAGUCUCCAGAGGGAAGGAAGUCACAUUUCAUUCAUGAAAAUAACAGGGAGAAGAAUGAUGGAGAGCGAGGCAAAAUCAGUGCAGAUUCUAAAAAGCAGGCCGCGGUGACAGAAGCUGACAUCUUCAAGAACAGCUCCAGAAGUCUUAGCAGCAGGAGCAGCCUAUCCAGGCACCACCCAGGAGAAAGCCCACUGGGAGCUAAGUUCCAGUUGUCUCUGGCUUCUUACUGCAGAGAAAGAGAACUAAAGAGGUUGAGAAGGGAGCAAAUGGAGCAGAGAAUCAACUCAGAAAAUUCUUUCUCAGCAGCAAGCACUCUUUCCUUAAAAUCCUCUAGUAUAGGAAGAAGAUGCAAACCAAGGCAGGAACAGAGUAAACAGAAUGAUGUCACAGCCGGAAAUAGUAAUCUUUCAAACCUGGAAAAUGGACCUCUCUCAAGAAAAAGAUCCUCUUCUGAUUCAUGGGAACCUGCUUCAGCAGGCUCUAAGCAGAAUAAAUUCCCUGACAAAAGAAAAAGGAACUCUGUGGACUCAGAUCUGAAAAGCACAAGAGAAUCUAUAAUGCCAAAAGCAAAAGAGUCCUUCCUUGAGAAGCGUCCUGAUGGACCACAUCAGAGAGAAAAAUUUAUAAAACAUAUUGCACUGAAGACACCUGGUGGUGUAUUGCGCUUGGAAGAUAUAUCCAAGGAACCGAAUGAAGAAGCUGAUUGCUCCUCUGCAGGCUUGGCACCUUCAAAUUCUGGGCACCAUUCUUCCAGGAAUAGUGACCAAAUUCGUGUGGCAAGUACCAAAGAGACUAAGAUACAGAAACCCCACUUAUCUUUACCUCAGGAAAAGUCUGCAGUUAAAAAAGCUAGCAACCUUCAGAAAAAUAAAACUGCUAGCUCUGUGGCAUCACAGGAGACAAAACUUCUACCUUUACUUUCCCAUGUUCCAAGUGCUGGUUCCUCUCGGGUUCCGUUAAAUGCUAAAAAUUGCACUCUUCCAGUUCCUAAAAAAGAUAAAGAGCGUUCCUCAUCUAAAGAAUGUUCUGGGCAUUCUACAGAGUCCUCCAAACACAAGGAACACAAAGCAAAGACUAAUAAGGCUGAUUCUAACGUAUCUACAGGGAAAAUCUGUGGGGGAUCUUUGCGUUCAGAAUAUGGCACUCCUACAAAGUCUCCCCCGGCUGCUUUGGAAGUUGUGCCAUGUAUUCCGAGCCCAACAGCACCUUCAGAUAAAGCCCCUUCAGAUAAAGAGAGUUCAGGAAAUUCCAAUGCAGGUAGCAGUGCACUGAAAAGAAAACUAAGGGGUGAUUUUGAUAGUGAUGAAGAAAGUUUAGGUUAUAACCUAGACAGUGAUGAGGAAGAGGAAACAUUAAAAUCACUGGAAGAAAUAAUGGCUUUGAACUUCAAUCAGACUCCUGCAACUACAGGAAAGCCUCCUGCUCUUUCUAAGGGGCUUAGAUCUCAGUCAUCAGACUAUACAGAACAUGUUCAUAGUGGAACUUAUACAAAUACUCUAGAGCGUCUAGUGAAGGAGAUGGAAGACACACAAAGGCUAGAUGAACUGCAGAAGCAACUACAGGAAGACAUAAGGCAGGGCCGAGGCAUUAAAUCCCCAAUCAGAAUUGGCGAUCAAGACAGUACAGAUGAUGAAGAUGGCCUCUUAGAAGAGCACAGAGAAUUUCUAAAGAAAUUUUCAGUUACAAUUGAUGCUAUUCCUGAUCAUCAUCCAGGCGAAGAAAUAUUUAAUUUCCUUAAUUCUGGAAAAAUUUUCAAUCAGUAUACCUUGGAUUUAAGAGACUCUGGUUUUAUCGGACAAAGUGCUGUAGAAAAGCUUAUUCUUAAAUCAGGGAAAACAGAUCAGAUUUUUUUGACAACACAAGGCUUCCUUACCUCUGCUUAUCACUAUGUCCAGUGUCCUGUACCUGUGUUAAAGUGGCUGUUUCGGAUGAUGUCAGUUCAUACAGACUGUAUUGUGUCUGUGCAGAUUUUAAGUACAUUAAUGGAAAUAACAAUAAGAAAUGAUACCUUCAGUGAUUCACCAGUUUGGCCUUGGAUUCCAUCAUUGUCUGAUAUAGCUGCUGUGUUUUUCAAUAUGGGAAUUGAUUUUAAAUCUUUGUUUCCUCUGGAGAAUCUUCAGCCAGACUUUAAUGAAGAUGAUCUAGUUUCUGAAACACAGAUGACACUGGGGGUGAAAGGAAGUGAAGAUUCAUCUUGUAAGCCAAUAUUUUCAUCUCUCCCUGAAACCAACAUUUUAAAUGUGGUCAAGUUUCUAGGCUUGUGUACAUCUAUACAUCCGGAAGGUUACCAGGAUUGUGAAAUAAUGUUACUGAUUUUAAUGUUGUUUAAAAUGAGUCUGGAGAAACAACUGAAACAGAUUCCUCUAGUGGACUUUCAAAGCCUCCUGAUAAACCUGAUGAAAAACAUCAGAGAUUGGAAUACAAAGGUGCCUGAACUCUGUCUGGCCAUAAAUGAACUCUCCAGCCAUCCCCACAACCUUCUGUGGUUGGUACAGCUGGUCCCUAACUGGACAUCACGUGGAAGGCAACUGAGACAGUGCCUCAGCCUAGUGAUUAUUUCAAAGCUUUUGGAUGAGAAACAUGAAGAUAUCCCUAAUGCGAAUAAUCUGCAGAUAUCAGUCUUGCAUCGCUAUCUUGUGCAAAUGAAGCCUUCAGAUUUGUUGAAGAAGAUGGUCUUGAAGAAAAGGGCUGAACAACCAAAUGGCACUAUUGAUGAUAGCCUUCAUUUGGAACUUGAAAAGCAGGCAUAUUACCUGACCUACAUUCUUCUUCAUUUAGUCGGUGAAGUUAGUUGUUCUCACUCUUUUUCUUCUGGACAACGGAAACACUUUGUGCACCUCUGUGGGGCUUUAGAAAAGCAUGUUAAGUGUGAUAUUAGGGAAGAUGCAAGACUGUUUUAUAGAACUAAGGUAAAAGACUUGGUUGCCAGGAUACAUGGAAAAUGGCAGGAAAUAAUCCAGAACUGUCGGCCUACUCAGGGGCAGCUUCAUGACUUCUGGGUACCAGAUUCUUAACAGGAGUUGCAGCAGCAAAAUUAUGAACCAAGAGAAAUUCAGUAAGAGCCUUUCCUAAAGGAGUAGAAAGUAGUACAGAACCCAGUGGAAGGCUAAGAAAAUGUUCAGCAAAUGUGCUACUUGAAUAUCUAGUAUGAAGCUGGUAAUGAAGAAAUUGCCAUUUCUGAAGCAGAUACGAAAUGCGAUCUGCUUAAAAAGGCAAACGGCCUUUUAAAAGAGCAGAAUCCCAUAACAAGAGGGGAGGGGUGGAAGCAGCUAAUAGUUGCAUGUCUAACCUUCCCCUGUUAACUCUUGUUAAAUUGUAAGCCAGUUAUCUUUUUUGUUUGUUUGUUUGGAUUGUAUUUGCCGCACUUGGAUAAUCACAGAAAGGAUGUAAGAAAGGGUUUGGAUGAACUUGAGGAGAUGGACAUGGAAACCAAGAUCAAGUUCCAGUUGGUUUAAUUUUCCAUCUUGGUUAUUUUACGACUCAAAGGGAACGCUUAGAACUGAGUUUACUAAUAGAAAGGAUAAAUCUCUUCUGUUACUCCUGUAAACCACUGGCGGGUUUUAAUCCAUGCAUUUUUCUUGGCUAUUCAAGAUUAUAAAUCUGUUGGGUUUUUAAAAUACAUCAGAACAAACAGUUGAGAAACAGAAGUUUGGUAUAUUGUCAGAUCCCCUUAAGGGGAAGAGUUUAAGCUAUAAAAUAGUGGCUCUGUUUUUAUUCCAAAACAUACAUAUGCAGUUUGUUUUGGAUUUUCUUUAAGUGCAUAUAUAUAUAUAUAUAUUUUUAAUACUGGUUAAAUUUUAGAACCUUGGCUAAAUCUUAGAAUUCUGGCCCUUUGUAGCCAUAUUACAGAAGUCUAUAUUGUAAAAGCUUAAAGAUCUGGACAAGUUUCCAAAAACCUUACUUUCAUGAGUAUAUAACCUUGGCAGAGACCUGAAUGGCAUUUAUUCUUUGGUACACUACGCACGCGUGUGUAUGUGUGUGUGCGCGUGUGUGCUUGUAUUUUAAAUUUGUUGCACUUGAAAACCACAGCUGCUCUAAAUUCUUAAACACUGGAAAGCCAUCCUUUGGUUUAAAUGGUGGAGGGUUAGUAGAAGUGCACAUGCUGGUCUUAGCCUGAGGGCCUUUUGAAGCCUUUGGUAGUAAUAGCCUCUUACUAGCUAACUGAAAAAUUCUUUUGUUGACUGAGUGUCCCUUUUAGGAGGGUUUGUUUCUUGAAAGAUAAUGCCAGCUUUGUUUUCCUUUCUUUCAAUAUUGACUUGGAUGACACUGCUCUCCUGAGCAUUUUGCUUCCUCCAGUUGUGAGGGAAGGAUGAUGGAGGGGAAGGGAAUUGGGCUUGACGUUUAUGGUUUGAGAGGGGAGAAAAUAAAUUUUUAAAAAUAGCUUUCUACCUCUAAAUUGAGGCUUAGGAGUAAAAACCAUUUUAUCUUAAAUUUAUCAUUUAAAAUAGUAUCAGUAACUUUUGAGCCCAUGUCAAGCAUUGAGCAGUUAGAGACUUUAUAGGGAAGACUAAGUUAAUCCAGUUCCCAAGAACCCGGGCUGAAUGAGGCUUCAAGAGUCGACCAACAAAAGUUUUAUUCUGUGUUGAGUUUACUGGUAAGAAUAUUAUUAUCUUGAUACUACCUCUCAAGGGUAUUGUUAGAAAAUGCCACUUAUGGUUAAUGAGAUAGAUACAAAGAGUUAUAUUGACAGAAGCUUGAAACUCUGGCAUCUAUCUGCCCUACAGUGGGGGCUUUCAUUCUCUGUAAUUUAAUACUUUGUAGAUACAUUAUUUGUGUGUAAUUUUAUAAGUGUCCAUAUUUUUCUCAUUUUGCAUUGUGUAAAGUGUACAAUAUCUCAAAGUAUAAAAUACUGCUUAUAUUGCUUGUAAUUACAGUGUGUAAAUAUUUUCUAAUUGUGUACAUUGACAGGGGGACAAGUGGGUUAUUCAGGUUUUUUUUUUAAGUGACCCUUUUGUAUUGCAGUUUCAAAGGAUAACUGCCCAUCAAAUUUAAAACCACUUUGAUACAUUUUUAUUUAGCAG